UAGGCAUUCGACCUCCGAUCAUGAAUGGGCCCAUGCACCCACGCCCUUUGGUAGCGUUGCUGGAUGGCAGGGAUUGUACAGUAGAAAUGCCUAUUCUGAAGGAUGUAGCCACAGUGGCAUUUUGUGAUGCUCAGUCUACACAAGAAAUUCAUGAAAAGGUACUAAAUGAAGCAGUGGGUGCACUGAUGUAUCACACUAUCACUUUAACACGAGAAGACCUGGAGAAAUUUAAAGCACUUCGAAUAAUUGUCCGAAUUGGCAGCGGUUUUGAUAAUAUUGACAUCAAAUCUGCUGGAGAUUUAGGGAUCGCAGUGUGUAAUGUGCCAGCUGCCUCGGUAGAAGAAACAGCAGAUUCUACUAUGUGCCACAUUCUGAACCUGUACCGACGAACCACCUGGCUUCACCAGGCUUUGCGAGAAGGCACGAGAGUACAGAGCGUCGAACAGAUUCGGGAAGUGGCUUCUGGAGCGGCCAGGAUCAGAGGGGAGACCUUGGGCAUUAUUGGAUUAGGGCGUGUUGGACAAGCGGUAGCACUACGUGCCAAAGCCUUUGGCUUCAGUGUGAUUUUCUAUGACCCAUACCUCUCGGAUGGCAUGGAGCGUGCUCUGGGACUGCAGCGGGUGAGCACUUUGCAGGACCUGCUGUUCCACAGUGACUGUGUUACCCUGCACUGCAACUUGAAUGAACACAAUCAUCAUCUUAUUAACGACUUCACCAUAAAGCAGAUGAGACAAGGGGCUUUCCUGGUCAACACAGCUCGAGGUGGGUUAGUAGACGAAAAAGCACUUGCACAGGCCCUGAAGGAAGGAAGGAUACGAGGGGCAGCCUUAGAUGUACAUGAGUCAGAACCAUUCAGCUUUAGUCAGGGCCCCUUGAAGGACGCACCAAACCUGAUCUGUACCCCACAUGCAGCCUGGUAUAGUGAACAAGCCUCGAUUGAGAUGCGGGAGGAAGCAGCACGAGAGAUCCGAAGGGCCAUCACAGGUCGUAUUCCAGACAGUCUGAAAAACUGUGUUAACAAAGAUCAUUUGAAUGCAGCUACGCAUUGGGCCAGCAUGGAUCCCGGAGUUGUUCAUCCAGAGCUUAAUGGUGCUGCAUACAGCAGGUAUCCCCCAGGCGUUGUAAGUGUGGCAUCAACUGGCAUACCUGCAGCAGUAGAAGGAAUAGUCCCCAACCCCAUGUCUUUAUCACACGGCCUCCCUGCUGUAGCCCACCCGCCUCAUGCUCCUUCGCCCGGCCAAACUGUCAAACCAGAAGCUGAUAGAGACCACCCAAGCGACCAAUUGUAGCCUACGAAAACAGCAUUCCCAACAUCGGCAAGUUCAACUUCAGCGUGUGGAAAACAAACAAAACAUAACAAAACAAAACCCUGGAUUUUGAUUAAAGGCAAAACCAUGAACUUAACAGGAGGAGAUGAUUAUCGUUUUAGAAACUGGUCCAAUAUACAGUAUAAAAGGAAAAGGUGGGAGACAAAAAGAAGAUUUGGAAACAUUUUUUCCUCCGUAUAAAUUGUAGUUUGUCCCUGUCCAGUGGACUGAUUCACUGUUUCUGUGUCCUAUGGGUUCUUUGUUAAGCAAGAGAAGUUAGUAGUUAAUUAUAUCAUGAAUGUACUUGUCUGUGUACAGUUUUUAGAACAUUAAAAAGGGUUUGUUUGCUUAGCUGUCAACAAGGAAAAACAUAAGGGAGGCAUUCAACAAACCAGUUUUGAGAUUAAAAAUCCUUUCUUUUAUAUUUUAAAACAUGCCCAAAAAUGAGGCAGUUGGCAAACUUCUCAGGACAAUGAAUUUUUCCCAUUUUUCUUUCUACGCCGCACAGUGCAUUGUUUUUUCUACCUGCUUGUCUUAUUUUUUAGAAUAAUUUAGGAAACAAAAGAAAAACAGUUUCUCCUAAUUUUGGCAUGAAUUCCCUUAUUUCAAAAUGAAAACAACCUUGCAAAGAGAUUUUGAGGAAAAAAAAAAGGUUUUGUAUAAACGAGCAUUGUGCUUUUUGUCACCAGUUAAAGUAUAUAUUAUUGGUGGUAUGCAGAAAAGGCACUAGACUACUGAAAAGUAGCAGCAUUUCAUUGCCUACAUUGAUUCCUUCCUGGUAAUGUGGUAGGCUAGCAAUAUUUUUGGUUAAAAACAUGUUUGUGACUGUAACCAUUUGUAUGAAUUAUUUUAAAGAAAUAAAAAUCCCAGACAAAUAUCAUAUGUGUAAAAAUUUUUAUUUCUAGUAACUGUUUAUUCAACUUUUAUUAGGUUUCUUAGCUGUAAUUUUUAAACAGAUGCUGUCAAGUAUUUCAUUUCUAGCUUUACUUUGCUCUCUGUUGUUUGUAAUACUGUCUUGGAAGCUUGAAAAAUAAAAAAAAAUAAUUCUUUCCGUACCA